UGGACCUGCAGAGGGAGCUGCGCUUCCGUCACUGCAGCGGCUCUCUAUACAGGACAGUCCGGGGUCUUACACUUUCAUACAAGGCCUACUUCCGUCAGCCCGCCGCUCUUUCAACAUUUACCCCAAAAUAUAGAUCCAUUUUCCUGUCGAUCGAGCUGAGAAGCGCUUUACGGCGGUUUCUAACACGGCUUUGGUCAGUGCAAGGUGGAUUGACCUGUCAUGAAUGAGCCGAUUGAAGGCGGUGCGAUCUCGUUCGACGAGUAUGUGCGGCAGAAGGCGCGCACCAUACCUCAGCACCGCAUGAAGGAGUUCCUAGAGUCGCUGGCUACCAAGGGCCCUGAGAUCCUGCAGGAGUUUAGCCAGCAGAGCAGUGGCACCACUACUACCAUGGUGUAUCAGCAGGGGGCUAACUGCAUUUACACGGACAGCACGGAGGUGGCAGGGUCGCUGCUCGAGCUGGCGUGUCCAGUACAGGUGACAUCUACACAGAUAUCACCACAACUGGCUGCAGCUGUCCAGCAGGCAACCGAGCAGCAGAUUCAAGUUCAGGUACAGAUCCAAGGUGAGCAGGGCCAUGUGUUGCAAGUGGCUUCGCCAACACAACAGCAUCUACAAGGAGUCACUACAACACAGCUGUUGCAGCAGGCCGAGCUUACAGAGGAACAGCAGCAGCAGAUCCAGGCACAGCUGGUAGCAGCCGUGGCCAGCGGUCAGCAGAUCCAGAUCCAGACAGUGGAAGCUUUGUCUCCCGCCCAGAUUCAGCAGUGCACGGAGCGCGAGGCAGAGCGCCGCGCUGGUGCAUCACCGGGUGUUCUUCAGCCGGCUAAGAAACGCAAAGUAGACAUGCCAGCAGUGGUGUCAUACCAGUUGGCUCAAGGUCAGCAGCUUGCCACCGUGCUGGCCAUUCCGCAGGGCCAACAGCAAGGCUAUGUUUCGCUGCGGCCCGAGCUGCUGACAGUGGACAGCGCCCAUUUGUACGGCACUGCAACCACCGGCACUAUAACAGGUGCGGGGGGUGAGACCUGGACCAUCCCGUUGUACCAGCAGCAGCAGGGCGUAGCACACAUCGCCAUCCCUCAGGAGGCCUACAGUACAGUGCAGGUACAAGACAAAGAUAAGGAUAAGCUGACAUUGGGUGCCACCCAGGUGGCCGGGGCAGUGGCGGUGCCGGUGACGGGAGCACAAGAGGAGGUGGUGCACUCGCUCUUCCCGGCACAGUUUAUGAACGGCAAUCUCCACAUUCCAGUGGCGGUACAGACGGUAGGGGGCGGGUACGCCAGCACCACCCAGGCGCUUCACAUCUGGGACCCUCAGCAACAGCAGCAGCACCUCCAAGAGGGUGAAACUCAGGAGCAGCAGCUCCAUCUACAGGAGGAUACAGAGCCACAAGCUGAAGCACCACCCGAGCUGCUUCUUCCCACUGUACUAAAGCCAGAGGAAGGACUGGAGACCUGGAGGCUUUGGGUGCAGCGCAAAAAUGCAGAACUUGACAAAAACGAAGAGAAUAAGCUGGCACCAAUCGGCCGCCGGCAGCCGCUGCGUUUCCGUGAGGAUCUGGUCUCGAGCUCGGUGGGUGAGCUCAAUGUAGCCCUGUCCCUCAUGACCCAGGAGGCUCGUGGAUUAGAAGGGGAGGCUUUCGAACCAGAUCAACUCUAUUACAUCUUCUUAUGUAUACAGAAAUACAUGUUCGAAAACAAUCGAGUGGACGACAUAUUUUCGGAUCCGUACUAUUGUCGCUUCAACCAGUGCCUACACAAUAUUCUGGAGGAGUGGAGGCCCAGUGUCCAUCCGCUAGGGUAUAUUAUCCCCAGUCAUGUGACGGAGGAGAUGUUAUGGGAGUGUAAGCAGCUGGGAGCACAUUCUCCUGCCACACUACUCACUACACUAAUGUACUUCAACACCAAGUACUUCCACCUGACCACGGUGGAGCAGCAUAUGAAAGUGGCCUUUUCCAAAGUGCUGCGGCACACCAAGAAGAAUCCAGCCAACCCGAAAGACAAGAGCACCAGCAUCCGUUACCUGAAGGGAGUCGGCUCCCACCAUGUCGGUCAGAAAGUAACGGACGAUAUGUAUGCAGAGCAAGCCGAGGAUCCAGAGAAUCCCCUCCGAUGUCCCAUAAAACUCUAUGACUUUUACCUCUUCAAAUGUCCUCAGACUGCCAAAGGUCGGAACGACACGUAUUACCUGACGCCGGAGCCCGUCGUGGCCCCAAACAGCCCAAUAUGGUACUCGACCCAGCCAAUCACGAGCGAGCAUUUGGAGCAGAUGCUCACACGCAUCAUGGUGGUGCGAGAAAUCCAGGAAAUAAUCUCCAUUGCACAGGCCAACAUUCAGUGAUGUGGGACAGGAGAAGAUAAGAGGUUCCGGUUCCACCUCGGAACUCAUCCGUCCUUCAACCCAGUCGGGUGCGAACUCUACAGGAGGAAAUGUAGCCGUCGCUGCAAAUCCUUAUGCUCCGUAUUUCAACAUGACCUGCAGCCUGCUUCAGAGGUGGAUCAGGGCAGAGGAGGCAACGUUUGAUCGUAAUUCCAUGUAUGCUUUAUGAUUUCUGUUUUUAAGACCGGGGUUGUGACGUGGAUUCAUUUAGUUACCAAAGGGGGUGAGCAAAGCAACUUUGUUACUCAGUGUUGACUGUGUGUGUUCCUGCAGCUUCGUCUUACUGUAUGUUAGGUAGAGUUUGACAGAUAAAAACGAAUUCUAAAACAAAGUGUACAUUAAUGACUGUAUAGUUCUAAGUACUACACUAACUAGUCCCUUGGAAAACAUGAAAAAACAGGCUAUAAAACAUUAUUAAUCUUUUAUUUAGAUUAUUAACAAGCGUCUCUCCUUUAUUAGAAGUACAUUGAUGGGGGGUGGGGGGUUAAACCCAGCAAAUCCUACCAUUAAAAUUGUUUGCAACCUCUUAGCUAGGAUCAUUGUCCAGCUGGAAGAUAUAAUCCCAACGUAGUUAAAGCUUUCUGGCUUAUACAGGCAGGUUUUUAGAUAUUUCAUAUCUGCUGGUAUUCCAUGAGACCUUGAAUUGUAAAAAAAAAAAAACAUCCACCACCAUGCUUCGCAGUGGAAAUAAUGUACAAUAGUUGCUAAGAAGCUCUAUUCUGGUCUCAUCUGACAUGAAACAUGUCUGGCAAACCUUCCUAAGUAACUUCUGAUUAUGAAGGUGGCGUCUCUGAUUUCUCUGCCAUCCUCUUCACUGUGCAUACAAUCAAUACCCGAUAUCUGGGAAUAUAAUUUUGUUAGAUUUUAUUCAUAAACGUAAAAAAAAAAACAAUAAAGGGGAGAUUUUGUUAAUAUUUUAAAUAAAAGAUUAAACAAGUAAACAUUUUUACUGCCCGUUUUGUUCAUAUUUUCCAGUGGUGCCAAUAUUUGGAAAGCCAAUUGUAUACUAGAGCAGGUCUACACUUUCUUUACUUUUUUAAUUAGACAGCUUUCUAAUAAUGGGAGUAAAAUCUGAAUGCCAUGAGAAUUGAGAUUGCCUCCUCUGCCAGGCCACCACUGGCGCGCACGUCGGGCUCGAGUAGAGGACUGGACUAAACUCGCAAGCCUUUUUUGUUUUAAUAAAGACCUUGCUUACAUUGUUCAUGUGAUGCCCGUUGGCGUUACACACCUUAA